ACAAAGGAUUCUGGGCAGGGUAGCGAGGAGUCAGGUUGGCUGAUCCAUCCCUAUGACUUCACUUUGCAGAGAACGAGGCGGAAGAGGAGUGACACUGCAGAUUCCCGAGGCCCUGCAGUGGGAUGCUGGCUCGGUGCUCGUGGCUGUGACCCGUGGCACAGGCUCGGGGCAGCCUCCCGCCGUGCCAGGCAAAUAGGAUAAAAGGACAGAGGAUCCCCCCCUAACAUUGUCACCAGCCACGUCCAUGGGCAAGGCCUUGGUCAGGUGCUUUUGAACUGAACUGGUGCCCGUAUCUCGAGCCCUGACUUUUGAGAAGAGCCGCGCGUUGUAAAGUAGACCCUCGCAGAUUCUAGGAUGUCCCGUUUCUGUCACUGGCUCCUCCUUGCGCCUGGACGCAAACCCCUAGCAUGCGCCAGGCUUUAGCGCCAACGCUGCCGGGGGAUGGAGCCAGUCCAGAAAGGGCCAGGUGAUGUGUCACCAAUCAGUAUGUCUCCCAUCAGUCAAUCUCAGUUCAUUCCACUCGGGGAAAUCCUUUGCUUGGCCAUCUCAGCAAUGAACUCGGCACGAAAACCAGUCACCCAAGAGGCCCUGAUGGAGCACCUGACCACGUGCUUCCCAGGCGUCCCCACCCCGAGCCAGGAGAUCCUGCGGCACACCCUGAACACGCUGGUGCGCGAGAGGAAGAUCUACCCGACCCCCGAGGGCUACUUCAUCGUGACCCCGCAGACGUACUUCAUCACCCCGUCCCUCAUAAGGACUAACAGCAAGUGGUACCACUUGGACGAGCGGAUACCCGACCGGUCUCAGUGCACCUCUCCCCAGCCCGGAACCAUCACGCCCUCUGCCUCAGGCUGCGUCAGGGAAAGGACCUUGCCCAGAAACCACUGCGACUCUUGCCACUGCUGCCGGGAGGACAUGCACAGCAUGCAUGCGUCCACCCUGCAGCGGAAGCCUGCCAAGGACUGCAAAGACCCGUACUGCCCGCCCUCCCUCUGCCAGUUGCCACCCACCGAGAAGAGCAAAAGUACUGUCAACUUCUCCUACAAGACGGAAACCCUCUCCAAGCCUAAAGACGGGGAAAAGCAGUCCAAGAAGUUUGGGCUCAAGCUCUUCCGGCUGAGUUUUAAGAAAGACAAGACCAAGCAGCUGGCCAAUUUCUCCGCCCAGUUCCCUCCCGAGGAGUGGCCCCUGCGAGACGAGGACACGCCCACGACCAUCCCCCGGGAGGUGGAGAUGGAGAUCAUCCGGCGCAUCAACCCCGACCUGACGGUGGAGAACGUCAUGAGGCACACGGCGCUGAUGAAGAAGCUGGAGGAGGAGAAGGCGCAUCGGAGCAAAGCGGGCUCCUCCGCCCAUCACAGCGGGAGGAGUAAAAAGAGCCGGACCCAUCGGAAGUCGCACGGCAAGUCGCGCUCACACAGCAAGACGCGCGCGUCUAAAGGAGACCCGUCGGACGGCUCUCACCUGGACGUCCCCGGGGAGCGGGAGUACGACUUCUGCGACCCCCUGACCAGGGUGCCCAGGGAGGGCUGCUUCAUCAUCGAGCACAAAGGCGAGAACUUCAUCAUGCACAGCAACCCCAGCGUGCUGGAGCCCCACUUCCCCAUGACGCCGGAGUGGGACGUGUCGGGGGAACUGGCCAAAAGGAGGACUGAGAUGCCCUUUCCCGAACCUUCCAGGGGCAGCUCCCACUCGAAAGUGCACCGAAGCCACAGCCAUACCCAGGACCGACGGUCCAGGAACGAGAGGUCCAGCAAAGCCAAGGAGAGGUCCAGGUCCAUGGACAAUUCCAAGGGUCCCCUGGGCGCGUCCUCUCUGGGGACGCCUGAUGACCUGGCCGAAGGCUGCAGCCAGGAGGACCCAACCCCCAUCCAGCCCUACAUUGACGACAGCACGCUAAGGCCCGCCCCGACGGCCGGUCAUCAAAGGGCUCACCUUCUGUCCCCGAGCUAUAAAGAGGUGUGUAUUCCGGAAAUAGUCGGCGGCAGCAAGGAGCCGUCCAGCGCGUGCGGCCUCCUGGAGCCAGGCAAACCCCCCGAGAGUUUGCCGUCCUUCGGUGACCUCAAUUCUUGUCCAACGAAAACAGCAACGGACGACUAUUUCCAGUGCAACACGUCCAGCGAGACGGUGCUCACGGCGCCAUCGCCUCUGGGAAAGAAUAAAGAGGACCAGGACCCUCUGGCCCUGGCCGAAGGGGUGAAGAAGCUGCCUCUGUCGGACAGGCAGACCCCGCUUUCCUCCAGGGAGCUGGGACACAAGGAGGAGUCGCCCACAGGGCCAGGCGGGGGCCCGGCUGCUCCGGGCGCAGCGGCGGAAGGGAUGGCCAAUGGACGCCUCAUCCAGCAUCACGGCACCGAGCCCAGCAGCCUGGACAAGAGGAAAGAGAUAUUCAGCAAAGACACACUGUUCAAACCUCUGCACAGCACCUUGUCUGUAAACAGCUACCACAAAUCCAGCCUGUCCCUCCUCAAAGCGCACCCGAAGGCACCUGCGGACACGCUGGCGGGCCGAUGCGAGAAGCUGGAGCCGUCCCUGGGCACCGCAGCCGCGCAGGUCCUGCCGGCCCUCCAGCGCCAACAGGAGCCCGGCGGCAACCAGGAAGCCUCUUUCGACUAUUACAACGUGUCUGAUGAUGACGACUCCGAGGAGGGGGCCAACAAGACCACAGAGGAGGAGAAAAACCGAGACGAUGUGGGCACCAUGCAGUGGCUCCUUGAAAGGGAGAAGGAGCGAGACCUGCAGAGGAAAUUUGAGAAGAACCUCACCCUCCUCGCCCCCAAAGACACAGACAGCAGCGGCCACCAGAGGACCACCCACUCGGCACGCCUGGACAGCAUGGACAGCAGCAGCAUCACGGUGGACAGUGGAUUCAACUCCCCACGGACUUGACACCAGUGUUUCUGCAGCUGUAGAGAGCGCCAAUCUGGACGGCACUCGGGAGAGCCUGGCCUCCAACACGUCGAGCAUUGUUGAAAGUAACCGUCGUCAGAACCCUACCUUGAGCCCGGCCCAUGGCGGCGCCGGCCCGGCCUUCAACUUCCGAGCAAGCACGGACCCCCCGACAAACGAAGCUGAGAAAUUACAGAAACCUUCCAACUGCUUGCAGGCUUCCGUGACGAGUGUGUGACCGUCGUCGGGCCUCCGAUCUCCAUCUCGUGCGACACGGCCAAGUUUACGACACUGGGACUGAUGUUUACAUCUUCGGAAAGACAAGCAUCUCAACCACAGUUUUGGUGUUUACUUAAACUGUGCUGCUAAGUAGGCUAGAGCAAAACACAAAAGUCUUUCUUUCAGAGUAUUGCUUUUUCUUCCCAUGUAUGGCUCUGUAGCAACAGAAUAGCAGUAGGGGUGAUAUGUACACUUUUGCUUCACUAAUUGUAACUGAGCACACAUAGGAAAGUCUAGACACUGUCAGUGUAAUCUGCAUUUCCAAUGUCAUGCCGUUGCCAAUGCCAUUUUCAAAUGCCACAGGUGCGUGUUGCUCCCAGUCUGUGGGCAGAUGGUGCCACAGAACUGCUUCUUGACACUUCCAAACAAACAAACAAAAACAACGAAGCCACCACAAAACGUCCAAUGCCAGGGCCCGCGGGGAGGGAGAUCCAUGCCAAACAGCCGAGGAGGGACCCAGCCCCCGGUGUGUGAAUCGCUUAGGCACCCGUCAUUUCCUCACUGUGAGUUUUCGUGGCUCGAGGUUGCAGGAGCCCGUGGAAGUGUGUCCGAAGGGGUCGGGAUGGAGGUCCUGGGAGUGCGUGUCGUCAGGAUUUUGUUUUUCAGUGUCACAGAUGCUUGUCUGAGUGUUCACCUUCCACAAUCACCAACAGGAAUAUAGGCCUUUGGAUCUGAAGUGGGUAGAAAGGCAGGAGCCCCCAGCCUGGCUGGGCUCGGCACUCCUGCUGGAAGAGGUAAUGCGGACUCGACUCCUAGAAGAGGUGUGAGUCGGAAUCUGUGAGGCUGGGAAAGGGAUGAUGAGCCUAUCUUACGAUAAUAGAUACGAUAAUUAGUUUGUUUAAAAGCAAAAUGUUCUUUGUGAUACAAAUGAAGAGUAUGGCCUGGGGAUGUUAUUCUUUCUAAUGGAAGGACAUAAAUCUAUUUUAUGUAGUUUUAAAUAGAAUGCCUAAAUUAGGCGGUGGGAGAUAAUUUUUAGUGGUUCUAGGAAAGAGCAGAGUUAGGGAGAGUUGAACUUCAGGCCUUUUAUUCCUGGGAAGAUGUCUAUAGAGAAAACUUUAAAAGUAGUUUUUGAUCAGAGGUAUACAUGUGCCCAUGUAACGAACAACGGAAUGUGCUCAUUCUGCAAAUGUGGUAUAAUUCUAACUUGUACUCCCCUUAAAAUUGACCAGAAAAACCAUUAUGCAUACAUGAACUAUGCCAGAGUGAUGUUUACAGAGACUGUGUAACCGAUUUCAGGAGGCAUGUUGAGGUGGAUGUGCGGCCAUCAGCCCAACUUACUUCGAGAUGGUUUGUUCACAUUUGGCUUUGGUUUACACUGUCACGUUGAAUGCAAAGAAGCCGGGCGGCGGCAGAGGGAUGACAAAUAGUCAAGCUUCAGCCUUCCGGGAAAGAGAUUUUCCCAGGGCCCUGCGAUUUAUUUUAUGGGAACAAUGGAAUCAAGCUGUAGGUAAUGGGAAAGUAUUUGCAAAAGGGUUACAGAUGACGCAAGUAAAUGGUCUGACCAAAAAAAAAAAAAAGAAAGUUUAUUUAGUUCCGUGGCAUGUGAUGUUUGGAGCCAUAAAAUACAUAUCCAAAAAUAAAUCCCAGAUCCAGCCAGCGGCCUGGCGUUGGUGAAGUGCCCCUGCCCCGGGUUAGGCUGCAUCUGCGGCCCGUUUAGGGGAUGCAGGCGCAUACGCGGCCGGACUGGUUCUUGCAACAUGUGGGCGCUCCCUUGCGCUUCUUCAGAUACUUGGAAGUUGCGCGGGGAACCGGACGCAUCUGGGCAGUGUAGGCUCCUUGUCUGUGCUUAGGGUGAAACCUAAGUACCUGCCUCGGUCAGCUCCCACACCACGAAAAGGCUCCCGUCAGUCGGCGUGCCAUGUCAUGCCUUAUUUCCUCCGAGGCAUGCCCGGAUGGCUCAGCAAGGCACUCUCUCUCCCCGCUUAACUAUGUCCAGAAGGAAGGAUAAUGUCUCUAAGAGACUCCAUUCCGAGUCCGUUUCCUUGGGGAGCUGUCUACCAUACAGUUACUAAAUUCUUCUGUCUAAAUUCCUCCUCCCCCACCCCCCCCCACCCAAAAACCCUGCUCUCAAGUGUUUACCAUACACUCAGUUCAUAAAUAACAUAACCAUUGAGACAGCCCACCAGCCUCCGGCUGAUCCUCUGAGAGUCGCCAUCAUCUGAGUCAAAGGCUGGAUGACCCAGAAAAGCAAGCAAGACCUUUAGAAGCUUUAAAAUAGGAAUUUAUCACUAUUUCGCAAGAAAUCGGUUUACAGAAAACAUUGUUCCAAUAAAAGUGUACACUUUCUGCCUGAUACUAUGGGGUAAUUAAAAAAAAACAAAAAACAACUCCCUUAGACCAGCAGCCAUGAGCGUAGAAACGAUGGACUUUAAAGGUGAUAUGAUGUCCCAGGUAGACGCAGCCCCGUCUGAUCUCUCCAGGCUUCCUAAAGGGGGGAGGGAGGGGCAGGAAGCACAUUACAGAUGUGACCCAGGAUGGUCCACAGCGAGGCUCUCGGGGACCAAGCUUCGAGGACACCCUUGUCCUCCGGGGAAAUGCUAGCUUUGUGUCCACGGCUGCGUAUAGAGGCUUCACUUAAGAGCUUGUCAUCCGAAAGGUUUACAGAAUCGAAUCCGGUUGAAUCUCUGUGUAGCGUUCAACGUUAAAGGGUCAACCCAUCUGUUGGCAUUUUGCACACUUAUGUAUUAUUAUGAUGCAGCAUAUUACUUUAUGGUAAUUUUUAUUUUUGCAUAUAACUACCUCCAUAAAUUUGAUGAAGCGGCAGCCGUGCGUUGGUGUGUAUCGGUCAGAAAAGCGGAGUUCAGGCCAUGGCGUGGUGUGUGUGUGUGUGUGUGUGUGUGUGUGUGUGUGUGUGUGUCGGCGAUCGCCUCCGUGGACUCAUGACUUUCUCAUCGCCAUGGUUUCCUUUCGCGGCAUUAUUUCACUUUCAGAUGUAAGCCUGUCUCCUCCCCUCCCCACCACAGCCCACUUGGUUUUGUGAUGAAUGGGAGGAAGUUUAAUUUUCUUGUCUCCCUGCCCCGCCCCCCAUUCUUGCUAAAAGUUCUCCCUGGCAAAGAGCCAAUUGGUAAACAUAACGUAGCAAGCGAUUUACUCCUAUAAAAAUCUGAGGUGAAUUCUAGGUUUUCAGUAACCGAAGACACACAAGAAAUGUGGACUGCGACUAGGGAGCACUUUGGUCCUCUCUGCCUUCACCACAUGCUGGCGUAUCGAGCCCAAACGUCCCUCCCGUGAGAAGAGCUGUGCUGUGUGCCCACAACUCCUGUUCCAUAGGUUGUAUUCCAUUUUAUAUAUUUGUACAUCUCAGGGGACCUAAUUAAGGGCGGGCACCAAAUACAGAAAGUGGAUUGGAGAGCUGAAAGGCGACUAGCUGGGUAAAGAUGGAAAAAAAAAAAAUGACCACUUCUCUGACUUCGGGAAGCAGACAUUUUUUUAAAAAGGGAAUCUGGGGUAACAAUGAGCCAAACACCAGCUGUUCCCAAGUCUCCCUUUCCCACAAGCCGGCCAGCAUUUCUAAAAUGCAAAUCUCAAUUCUGUUGCAGUCACCUCGGGGAGAAAAAAAACCCUCUUCGAUGACAACGAAAGCAUCGUUCCUUUUUUAGGCUGGCACAGCUUUCUCAAGUUCCACCCAGGAAAACCACUUCUCACCACAAAGUGUACUUGAAAAUAAGUUUCCAGUUCAAAUGGUAGGCCUAUCGCUCACCCUACUAUCGUGGCGAUGUUCUGGAAUGGCUCAGUGUAUGCCAUGGGCAGUAUUUUGGAGCUUGAUUAGAAUCCAACCCCGACCUGUAAUGACUGCACAUUCAUGUCGGGGUCUCAGUGCUUCCAAAGCGUGCGGGUUCACAGACAGCUCCCCACGCGGGUCCUCUGUGCCGUGCCCGUACUUGAAGCGAACACACGGAAGGAGUGACAGACGAGAUGACCCAGGACACAGUGGCAGCUAGAGAUGAUCUCUGUUCUAUCUGUUGGAUAGACCAUCCCGAGCAAUCACCCAACACAAUGCGAUUUUUUUUUCUGAUGUGUGCUAAUAAAGUCAAAGAAAAACGAAUACAACUUU